CCGUUUUGUUCACUUUCAAGAAUGCCUCUGAUCCAAGUGAAGAGUACCAAGUGGGAUCUGGACUCCUCUGAAAGAAGCACAGAUAUUAGAUGACUUUCUUGAACGAUCUAAUCGAUAUAUUCACUCCAACUAUUGCGUCUGCUGAUGCAACAGUAUCUGAUAUUCCAGAUGAAGCUCUCAUCCCAAAGGUGGAGGCAGUUCCUGAAGAUGUUCCGAGGGACUACACUGACUUGAAAGAAGCUGAAAAGGAUGAAGGUGAAGACAAACCAACUACAAAGAUUGACCAGUCAAGCUCUUCUUCAGAGGAGACAACGGCUUCUGAAGGUAGUUCUGGUGAGGAUAACGAUAGUUUUGUCGAAGAACGUGUCACUUCACAGGCGGAAACUGGUGCAGAGAGUUCUUCUGAAGAGGGUGAUGCUGAAGGGGGUGAUGCUGAAGAGGGAGAUGACGAUGGCGAUGAAGAUGACGACGAGGAUGACGACGAGGAUGACGACGACGAGGAUGAGGUCGCUGAUCCGCUGGACAAGCUAAGAGCCGAUUGUGCUACGCUUCCUAGCGUCAAGCCUUCCCUGCAUCACUAUCAAGAAUGCGUUGAGAGGGUUACCAAGGCCCAAGAGGAACCCGACUACGCAGAGAAGGAAUACAAAGAGGACUGUGUAGAGGAGUACUUCCACUUACAACACCACAUCAACGAUUGCGUGCAACCACGACUCUUUGCCAGAUUGAAAUGAUUGGUAAUUCUUCCUGAAAUGCACAUAAAUGCUCAAAAAGUAUCAUUACACC